GCUACUGGGCGGCUCUUUCAAUUCUGUUAAGUGGAUCUCUCCCAAGAGAAAACCCAACUCCAACAUUACCACGAGAUUAGUACAGCAUAUAGAACACUGCUUCCUGAGAAAGAAUAAAGAUUUCGGUUGGAAGAUGAUAAUGAUGCCUCGAAGCAUUUUCACAAGCAGUUGGAGGAGCUUUCAUUUUCAACUCCAAAGAGAAAUUGGUACCAUUCAUUCUCCAACCUUAUUACUUACCAAUUCCAUUCACUCUUUACAUUCUUCUAAUUCCACUCAAUCUAACAAAGAUGCAUGCUUCAGAUAUAAAUUCUAUUCUGCUUCAUUUGCGGACCUUGAUGAUGCCCUAGCUUCCUUUAAUCACAUCAUCCUUGUGCAUCCUCUCCCUUCUAUUGUUCAAUUUAAUCGAUUUUUGUCUACUCUUAUCAGAAUGAAACAAUAUCACACUGUCGUUUCCUUGUCCAGAAAAGUUGAGUCGCUGGGAAUCUCACACAAUAUUUAUUCUCUUAGCAUUUUGAUUAAUAGCUACUGCUGCUUAAACCGUGUGGAUUUUGGAUUCUCAGUUCUGAGUAAAAUCCUAAAACUUGGAUUAGAGCCCAGCAUCGUGAUAUUUACUACCUUAAUUGAUGGGCUGUGUAAAGAGCGUACAAUCAAUAGAGCAGUAGACCUUUUCAAUGAUAUCGUUGCAAGAGGUUUUCAACCUGAUAUUUAUACCUACAAUGUGAUAGUAAAUGCUCUGUGUAAAUACGGCAAAACAGAUGUGGCUACUGGGUUGUUGAAGGAAAUGGUUGAGAGAGGUUGUGAGCCAGAUGUCAUGACCUACAAUUCAAUCAUUGACGCCCUUUGCAAGGAUAAGCUAGUUGCUGAGGCAUUAAACCUCUUUUCUCAACUGGGGAACAAGGGCAUUCCACCUACCGCUGUCACUUACAACUGCCUAAUUCACGGUCUUUGCAGUUUAGGUAAAUUGAAUCAAGCUUUAUCCUUGCUGAAUGAAAUGGUGGUGCAGAACAUAUCACCAGAUGUUUAUACCUUCAAUAUAUUUAUUGACAAUCUUUUUAAGGAAGGAAUGGUUUCAAAGGUUCAAGAAAUUUUUGGCAUAAUGGUUAAAUGGAAUAUUAAGCCUGAUUUGGUUACUUACAAUUCAUUGAUGGAUGGAUAUUGUUUGCAUAGCCAAAUGGAUGAAGCUAGAAAAAUAUUUGAUCAAAUGGUAAGGAGAAAAAUGGCAGAUGUCUUUAGCUACAACAUCUUGAUCAAUGGGUACUGUGAGAACAAAAGGAUUGAUGAAGCGAAGAAACUUUUUGAUGAAAUGCCUUAUAAACGUUUAGUUCCUAACAUUUUUAUUUACAAUACUCUUAUGAAGGGCUUGUGGCGAGUGGGAAAGUCCCGAACUGCAAAAGAUGUUUUCAAGCACAUGUGUUCUCAAGGACACCAGCCAGAUAGAAUAAGUUUCUCCAUUUUGCUCGAUGGAUUGUGCAAGCAGGGGAAUCUUGAUGAGGCACUUGCACUAUUUAAAGCAAUGGAAAAGAGCCGGUUGAAGCCUAAUCAUGUGAUCUAUACCAUUUUGAUUGAUGGUCUGUUUAGAGUUGGGAAGCUUAAUGAUGCCAAGAAAUUUUUUUCUAGGCUUCUUGAAAAAGGUGUGCAGCCUAAUGUUUAUACAUAUAGUACAUUCAUUAAAGGACUUUGCAAGGAGGGAAUAUUAGAUGAAGCAUACCAGGUCUUUAGAGGAAUGGAAGAUAGUGGAUGUUUACCGAAUGACUGUUGUUAUAAUGUGAUUAUUCAAGGGUUUCUCAGGCAUGAGGAUGUACCAAAAGCAUCACAACUUAUUGAUGAAAUGGUUGAUAAGGGAUUCUCUGCAGAUGCCACGACCACUGAAUUGGUAAUACAUUUAUCGCACAAUGACGGUCUCAUUUUGAGAAAACUACGAAAUCGAUCUGAAGGUUCUAAUGGCAUAAAUGCGAAAAAUUACUUGUGCAAACCUCUGUUGCCUAGGCAGAUGUAUAUGGAGUCUUCUUCAGAAUCUUUGAUCUCACACAAUAUUUAUUCUCUUAGCAUUUUGAUUAAUAGCUACUGCUGCUUAAACCGUGUGGAUUUUGGAUUCUCAGUUCUGAGUAAAAUCCUAAAACUUGGAUUAGAGCCCAGCAUCAUGAUAUUUACUACCUUAAUUGAUGGGCUGUGUAAAGGGGGUACAAUCAAUAGAGCAGUAGACCUUUUCAAUGAUAUCGUUGCAAGAGGUUUUCAACCUGAUGUUUAUACCGACAAUAUGAUAGUAAAUGCUCUGUGUAAAUACGGCAAAACAGAUGUGGCUACUGGGUUGUUGAAGGAAAUGGUUGAGAGAGGUUGUGAGCCAGAUGUCAUGACCUACAAUCCAAUCAUUGAUUGCAAGGAUAAGCUAGUUGCUGAGGCAUUAAACCUCUUUUCUCAACUGGGGAACAAGGGCAUUUCACCUACUGCUGUCACUUACAACUGCCUAAUUCACGGUCUUUGCAGUUUAGGUAAAUUGAAUCAAGCUUUAUCCUUGCUGAAUGAAAUGGUGGUGCAGAACAUAUCACCAGAUGUUUAUACCUUCAGUAUAUUUAUUGACAAUCUUUUUAAGGAAGGAAUGGUUUCAAAGGUUCAAGAAAUUUUUGGCAUAAUGGUUAAAUGGAAUAUUAGGCCUCAACAUCUUGAUCAAUGGGUAUUCCCAACAUUGUGCUUGUGGCGAGUGGGAAAGUCCCAAACUGCACUAGAGGUUUUCAAGCGCAUGUGUUCUCAAGGACACCAGCCAGAUAGAAUAAGUUUCUCCAUUUUGCUUGAUGGAUUGUGCAAGCAGGGGAAUCUUGAUGAGGCGCUUGCACUAUUUAAAGCAAUGGAAAAGAGCCGGUUGAAGCCUAAUCAUGUGACCUAUACCAUUUUGAUUGAUGGUCUGUGUAGAGUUGGGAAUCUUAAUGAUGCCAAGAAAUUUUUUUCUAGGCUUCUUGAAAAAGGUGUGCAGCCUAAUGUUUAUACAUAUAGUACAUUCAUUAAAGGACUUUGCAAGGAGGGAUUAUUAGAUGAAGCAUACCAGGUUUUUAGAGGAAUGGAAGAUAGUGGAUGUUUACCGAAUGACUGUUGUUAAAAUGUGAUUAUUCAAGGGUUUCUCAGGCAUGAGGAUGUACCAAAAGCAUCACAACUUAUUGAUGAAAUGGUUGAUAAGGGAUUCUCUGCAGAUACCACGACCACUGAAUUGGUAAUACAUUUAUCUCACAAUGACGGUCUCAUUUUGAGAAACUACGAAAUCGAUCUGAAGGUUCUAAUGGCAUAAAUGCGAAGUGAGAUACUAGCAAUUAAUGCUUGAUCAACUGAUGCAUGAGUUCUUUGUCAUGUUGUGUGUCAUUGGUACUUGAUUCUAUAUCAAUAUGUGUACAAUUACAAAUUCCUCAAGUUAGUUGCUUUUGUUUUUUCAGAGGAAACUGUUUAUUAGCAGUAACAUCAUGUUUUUAGGCUGCAUGGAUAGAAGACUAUAGUAAAGAUGGUUGUAUUUGGUAUCGGAAAAUGGAUAGAAGACUGUUGGGUAACCAUAUGAAUGGCUGAUUUGUCUCUCUUUCUGUACUGAGAAAGCAAUUCUUAAUACCUUAUGUGUUACUUACCUUAUCGGUACAUUUUGU